AGAAGUGGGUGCAUUGUGGUUCCUUCCCCUCUGCCUGCCAUUUUCCAUCUUGAAUGGAAGUGAGACCUGCCCUCCCUUUCAACUGGCCUCAGCCUCCCGUGACAGGGUUCUUUCUGGCCACACUCUCCAUUGCCCAUGGAAAUGCUGUGACUCUUGUCUGAGGUCUCACCCAGAGGUCCCGUCACCUGUAAGGUCCCAUACCUUCCUUGAUUUCCAAGAGUGGCAUCAGGCCAAUGCUCACCCAAUUUUAAUCAGACUUGUCACCAAAGCUGUCACAAACAAGGGGGUGUGGGUGUCACAUGACCAGCCUGAGUAACCACACUCUCACUUCCUUCUUCCACACCCUGCCGUUGGGGGUAGGCGCAUUGGGACCACAAGUGUCUGGCAGUGUGGGCUGGGGCCUUGUCACUGAGGCAGAGUCACUUCUGGGCCCUGAGGCAGCUGCCCCAUGCUCUGCUGAGCAGGGUACCAUGCUUCCACACUUGCUUCUGCUGCUGAGCCUCUUGGGCCCUGGCAACUGCCUUCGGUCGUGGGACCCCUGGGAGCACGGAAUCAAGGAAGCCUUGGAGCCAGUGCAUCUCCGGGACCGGAGACAGGCCGCUUCGGAUGAUGAGUUUGAAGAGCCGGACUAUUCUCCGGAAGGCACAGACCCCCCAGAAAUGUUGAUAAAUAUUACCAACACUGUGGGUGCACACCCUGAACCUCUGACCGUGACAACCAUGCUAGAGCAGAGAGUUUCUGUGGGGGCUGGAACCUCUGAGUCAGCCACUGUCACCGGCCCUGCUGGCCUAGAUGCAGGAGGACAGAGCACAGAAGCUGUCACACAGUGGAGGCCAACCACAGUGGCGGCAGAGACCUCGCAUCCAGCGCCCACGGAGGCAGAGACCUCGCAUCCAGUGCCCACAGAGGCUGAGACUCCAGCACCUAUGGAGGCUGAGACCUCGCAUCCAGUGCCCACAGAGGCUGAGACCUCGCAUCCAGCACACACGGAGGCAGAGACCACCCAGCUUCCUGGGAGUCUGAUUGUAAAAAGUCUGUCUACAGAGUCCACAGCCACAGAAACACCUUCCAAAGAGCCCACGGCCACGGAGACCAUGUCCACAGAGCCUAUUGACUCUAUCAUCUUCCUUGGGCCAUCUGUGACUCACAAGGGCAAUCGUGUGGCAACUGGCCACAUAAAUGACAAUGGUUUGAAGAACGGGCUGUUUGUGACCCCUUGGAGCUCUCUGGCCACAACGACCCCAGGGACCUCUGACCUCAUCCCAGUGAAGCAAUGCCUGCUAGCCAUCCUCAUCUUAGCCUCUCUGGCCACCAUCUUCCUGGUGUGCACGGUGGUCCUAGCUGUCCGCCUUUCCCGUAAGAAGCACAUGUACCCAGUGCGGAACUACUCCCCCACCGAGAUGAUCUGCAUCUCAUCUUUACUGCCUGAGGGGGGUGAAGGGGCCCUUGUCACAGCCAAUGGGGACCUGCCCAAGGUCCAGGACCUGAAGACAGAGCCCAGUGAGGACCGAGAUGGGGAUGACCUCACCCUGCGCAGCUUCCUGCCUUAGUCUCUCUGGCUAUCUGAGCAAGGCCCUUGCUGGCUUUACCCUCCACGCCCACCUGCUGGUCACCAAGGCCACAGAGCUGGGCUUCCUGGGUGAACUUUAUCCAUAGGGGUCUUUAGGGUCCAGGACCUCCAAGAUCCUGCAGCUCCUGCUUCAUUCAUGGAGCCUGGUGGCCUCCAGGCCAAGGACCACAGUAGCAGUUGCUGCUCCUGGACACCUCUCUCUACCUGUCUGCUGUUUUUUUUUUUUUUCUGGGACCCCCAACCCCCACUGUCUCCCAGUGCUGUGAGACUUCCUGGGGGUCACUAGAGUCCUGGCCUCACCUCCCCAAGAAAGAAUAACUUCCCUACCCCAGUCCCAAAGCUUCCCUGUUGGUUGCCAUGGUUGCCUGAUAAGAAAGGCUCUCUGGGGGAGGCUGCCAGUGAGCAGCAUUUCCCAAGGCUGUGUCUGUUCCUCUGGCCGCAGUGAGGGGCAGCUAGGCUUUCCCAGGCACCUGUCUAGGGAUAGCAGGGCAAGGACUGGAAAGACAGUCCUUCAUGUUGGUCUGUGUGAACCAUGAGCUUCUGUAUGUUGACAGAGCGACCUCGCAAAGUGGCCUGUCACAGAGCAGGUGCUCAAUAAAUGUGUGGCAGCAAAUGGCGGCUGAGUCCUUCACAUGCCCAGGCUGCCACCUCCAGACAGUUUAGCCACAGGCUCUCAGGCCAAUGUGCAUGUUGCUGUGAGACAAUAGAGACGUUUAGUCCAUUCUUGGGCAGCGGCAAGGGGGAAAUGAAGGGCUCGACUUGGAAGUGAUUGCACACACUAGAGACCUGAAGGAGUAGGAGCUUAAGGUCAUCCCAGGAUAUGUGUCAAGCUUGAGAUCAGCCUGGGAUCAAAGAAAACUAGAACGGGGUCUGGGUGGAUGGCUCAGUGGGUGAAGAGUGCUUGCGGCCAAGCCUGAUGUCUUAAGCCUGACUGGGGGUCCUACAUGGUGGAAGGAGAAAACUGACUCCCCCAAAUUGUCCUCAGAUCUCCACACACAAUAAACAAACAAAACCAAACAAAUAAACAAAGUAGAGAGCUUUG